CAUCGCUCUCUUGUUUUCGAUGACGACGAUGCCCUCAGUGGCAUCCACACCAGGACCCAGCAGUAUAGGAGCCUCCUCGUCGCGCAAGCGAUCCAGCACAGAGAGCCUUGGCGAUAUACGACCAGAAAAACGACCACGAACGGGCACCGAGGACAGGGCUGGCGAAAAGAAGAAGCGGCGACGGAAGAAAAAGAAGAAAAGUAUUGUUGAUAACGCGCUGCCAUCGACAUCUGUUAAAGCGGCAACAAUGAAGGUUGACGCCGACGCCCAGGAAGCCAGCGAUGCCACUCUUGCGUCAGUAUCAGCAGACAGUGAUGUUCCCGAAGGGCCGGCUAUUGUUCCAGUCGAUAUGAAAGGAAAGGGCAAGGCGAAAGAGGUCCCCGAGUCUCCAGAAGAGAUCAUAACUCGUUUAACAGAGGAGCUUCAAGCAAAGUCAUUGCUCCUGAAGAAGCACGAUGAAACAUUGCGUCAAGUCCAGCAGACCAUGACAUGUCAAGUAUGUUUAGACUUGCUCCGCAAACCCUACGCUCUUUCUCCCUGUGGUCACGUCGCCUGUCAAGAAUGCCUCUUGCAAUGGUUUACAAAUCCCCCGGUCGAUGGCGGAGCACUUCCUGCCCAUAAACCGAAGACGUGUCCUCAUUGUCGUGCCGUCAUUACGAAGCGCCCCAUUGAAAUAUGGACAAUCAAAAGCACUGUCACCGGCCUUCUCAAAUCGGGUCUACUUACCGAUAUCCCAGAUCACCCUCAGUCUGAACCGGCUGCCGAGGAUGAUCCCUGGAAAGGUGCUUUUGGUGCCCGUUUGCAGCAGGACGAGCAGAGUGUGGAUAUGGAAGGGAUGUUCGACCCCGAAGAUGGCGUAUUCCGAUGUCGCGAUUGCAUGCACGAGAUUUGGGAUGGAGUCUGCUCGAAUUGUGAUCGUAUUUACCCCGGCAAUCAGGGUGCGCAACGUGGAAUGGACAGGGCAAUGCUCCGUGGUCUCUGGAAUCCUCCUAAUUUCCACCAUCAUCCGCGGGAUAUCUUCGACUUGGACGUCGAGAUGAGUGAUGAGGAAGACUAUGACGAAAGUUUCCUUGAGGGUAGCGUUGGUAGCUUCAUUGACGAUGGUAGUGAUGACCAGGUUAUUGAAGUCCAUGAUUCGGAUUCAGAAGGCGAUAGAAGAAGUGUCUCCUCUUGGCGAGGGAGGGCCUAUUCUGAGACGCGUGGCAGCCCGUCAGAAGCACUUGAGCUGUCACUGUUGUCUUCGCCUCCUCGUUCAAGCGUAUAUCCUUCUCUCCAGGCCCUUUCGCCUCAUUCAAGCUCCCCCUCGAGUUCCCGCCACGACACCUGGGACGCUACUCGUACGAAUUCUGUGGAUGGUGAAGACAGCAAUUUCGAAGAAGAGGACACUGACAUCCCUAGACGAUCUGCCGUGUAUCGUUCGACCAUCCGGCCGAUCGUUAUUGACGACGACGAUGAAGAAGAGGUUGCAACUUCCUAUCGUCGCGGUGAAACGGAUGAAGAUGAAGACGAGGAUGUUCCAAUUCCUAUGACUUCCCGAGGUCGUACUGGGAACAGAGUCCUUCGGGCUUUGUCUGAUGAAGAGGAAGAUGACGACGUCCACCCCACCUCUGCUUAUUCAAACUUUGCUGACGAUGGCUACGAUGUUCAUCGACAUCAGGUAUUCGACGAGGAUGGGUAUGCUGAACCAGAAGAUGCCAGCGAUGAAGAGGCCCAUCGGUAUCGUGCAAACGAAUUAUAUGGUUAUUCGGACGAUGAGGGUGUUUUCUGGCCGGCCGAGGAUGAGGAUGACGGUUCUAUUCCUGGGCCCCCGUCACAUCUUCGUGCUUAUUUGGAUCGGAGCGAUGAGGAAGAUGAUGACCUGUAUUAUUAAAGAUCAAGAGGACCGUUGUUUUGCACUGGUCAUAUCCGUCGAUUUAAGUAAAUAUGUACUACCAGCAGAUCCUCUUUCCUUAUCUUGGCAACGUCGAGUGAGAAUAAGGAUAUUGA